AUGGAAGGAAUUAUUGCACAUGAUAUUCUAGUCCAUUACAUGGGAAACACUGUCAGAAUUCCUAAUGUCGAUCCAAAGAACUACCAAUAUAUUGACCUUCUUGGUAAUGUUACUGAUAAGGCAAUGAAUGAUUUGUCUGAAAAUUUGAACAUGCUUGUGCAUAUGAAAUGUGCGAUUCCUAGGACAACAGGCUUUAUGGACAUCAGUAGUGACAAAUCAGUUCUUGAUAUGUGCAAACUUCAUGAAAAUGAUCUUGUUAUAAACUUGUACUUGCUGCACCUGGAUAUUAUUAUUCCUACUACAGAGGAGAAUAUGGUAGAUUACAGGAAUAACCAACUUAUUGUGGCACAGAAAGACAUAGGAAUCGAAAAUACUCCUAUUCCUGUAGUUGACAGUGAGGGUGAUGAUGAGAUUUAUGCUUCUAGUUCUGAUGACUCAUGGAAGGAUGACAUAGAUAGUGACUUGGAAGAUGUCAUAGCUGAAGAUAGGACCUUAAUUUCUAGUAGUGAUAAGGAGGAAAAUGACUUGUCUGAUUAUAAGGAAAUAGAGGAUGCACAAGUUGUCCCUGAUUCAGAAUCUGACCAAGAGACUGAUCCUAUGAGAUCAAUCAUGCAGUCAAAAAUGUGGACUUACAAUCCAAGAGAGGACAUUGAGUUUGAGAAAGGGAUGCUAUUUACCAAUGUGGAUGCAUUUAGAGCAGUGUUGAAGGACUAUGCUAUUCAAAAAGGAUUUCCAUUGGUGAGGUUAAAAAAUGAAAAGAGCAGGUGCACUGCCAAGUGUGGUGCUGAGGGGUGUAAUUGGAGGAUUUAUGCAUCUCCAGUUGGUGAUACAAUCACAUUCAUGGUUAAGACAUAUACACCUGAGCAUACGUGUGUCAUGAAUAGGAAAAAUUCAGAAGCAACAUCAGAUUGGAUAACAAAGAAGUUAAUUUCUGUUAUGAGAGAUCACCCAGAGAUGACAAGCAAGGGAGUAAAGGCUGAAAUGCAGAAGCAUGGAGUCUUGCCAAGUAGAAUGCAAAUUUACAGGGCAAAAAAGAAAGCCUUGGAACAGAUAGAAGGAUCACACAGUGAGGCCUAUGAAAAAUUACCAAAAUAUGUUGAACUAUUGAGGAUGCACAACCCAGGAAGCAUCAUGAAAAUUCACUAUGAUAGGCCAAACGUUCUGGUAGAGCCUAAAUUUCUAAGAUUGUUUGUCUCUUUCAAGGCACAAAGAGAUGGUUUCCUGGCAGGUUGCAGGCCAUUUAUUGGCUUUGAUAGCUGCCAUUUGAAAGGUGCAUUUGGGGGCAUUCUGUUGAUUGUUGUUGCUCUUGAUGGGAACAAUAGUUUGUUUCCAUUAGCUUUUGCUGUUGUAGAGUGUGAAAACAAGGAAGCUUGGAGUUGGUUUUUUUAUUAUUUCCAGGAAUUCUUUGGACCAUUUCCAGCCAAUAUUCCACUCACCUUCAUGAGUGAUAGACAGAAGGGACUCAACCUUGCUUAUGAGGAACAAAUGCCUGAAGCUACUGCACGAUAUUGUUGUUGGCACAUCUACUGCAACUUCAAAGUCAAAUUUCCAAGAUUACUGCUAAGGAGAUUUUUUUGGCAAGCAGCUAAAAGUUAUGAUUUGAUAGGACACAAUGAGACUAUGGAAAGAAUAAAAAAUAUUAAUAUAGAUGCUUGGAGAUACUUGGCAAACAUUCCUAAGUGUAAUUGGGCAAGACAUGCAUUUUCUGUUGAAAUUAAGUGUGAUCAUGUCACCAAUAAUUUUACAGAAUCUUUUAAUGCAUGA